AUGGCCGUCCACGCAGAGGGACUGGUGGCAAUAGUUAUCUUCUAUCUGCUGAUCUUGGUCGUGGGGAUAUGGGCUGCGUGGAAAAACAAAAACUCCGGUGGGGAAGGCGCAGACCAAAGCGAGACUAUUAUGGUUGGUGGAAGGGAUAUUGGAUUAUUUGUUGGUGGAUUCACCAUGACUGCAACUUGGGUCGGAGGGGGUUACAUCAACGGCACAGCUGAGUAUGUGUAUUUGCCCGGAUUUGGACUGGCCUGGGCACAGGCUCCAUUUGGAUAUGCCCUGAGCCUGGUAGUAGGUGGCCUGUUCUUUGCCAAGCCCAUGCGCUCCAAAGGAUACGUGACCAUGCUGGACCCCUUUCAGCAGAUUUACGGCAAGAGAAUGGGAGGACUGCUCUUUAUACCUGCUCUCAUGGGCGAGAUCUUCUGGUCCGCCGCCAUUCUCUCAGCUCUAGGAGCUACACUGAGUGUGAUAGUGGAUAUCAACAUCAACAUGUCUGUGAUAAUCUCAGCAUGUAUUGCCAUCUUUUACACCUUGGUCGGUGGCCUUUAUUCUGUAGCCUAUACGGACGUCGUUCAACUCUUCUGUAUAUUUGUGGGCUUGUGGAUCAGUGUGCCCUUUGCUCUCUCCCACCCUGCUGUGGCUAGCAUCAGUGUCACCGCUACGAAGGAGGUGUACCAGGCCCCGUGGCUCGGGCACAUUUUGCCCUCGGCGGGGUGGAUGUGGAUGGACAACUUCUGCCUUUUGAUAAUGGGGGGCAUCCCCUGGCAGGUGUAUUUCCAGCGUGUUCUGUCCGCCUCUUCUGCCACGUACGCGCAGGUGCUGUCCUUCCUCGCCGCCUUCGGCUGCAUCGUCAUGGCAGUGCCCUCCGUCCUCAUCGGAGCCAUAGGGGCCUCCACAGAUUGGAACCAGACCACAUACGGCUCUAUCCCACCAAUGGAAAACGAGCAGUCCGACAUGAUCCUACCCAUAGUGCUCCAGCACCUGUGCCCCUCCUAUGUCUCCUUCUUCGGCCUGGGGGCAGUGUCCGCAGCCGUGAUGUCAUCAGCCGACUCCUCCAUUCUCUCGGCCAGUUCCAUGUUUGCCCGAAACAUCUACCAGCAGGCUUUCCGCCAAACUGCGUCCGACUGGGAGAUCAUAUGGGUGAUGAGGAUCACCAUCUUUGUGUUUGGAGCGGCGGCGACCGCCAUGGCCCUGCUGACCGGCACGGUGUACGGCUUGUGGUACCUGAGCUCAGACCUGGUCUACGUCAUCAUCUUCCCUCAGCUGCUCAGCGUGCUCUUUGUGAAAGGCACCAACACGUACGGCUCCGUGGCCGGCUACGUCUUUGGGCUGCUGCUGCGUAUCGGGGGCGGGGAGCCGUACCUCAAGCUUCCCCCAUUCAUCUGCUACCCGGGCUGCUACAUCGAGGAGAAGGUCCACCGCCUCACCAAGGAGGUCGAGUACUUCACCGUGCAAAAGUUUCCCUUCAAAACGGUCUCCAUGCUCGCGUCCUUCUUGGGCAACGUGGCCUUCUCAUACCUGGCCAAGUAUCUCUUUGAGAGCGGGACGCUGUCGCCAAAAUAUGACUUCUUGGACGCGGUCCUGUCCAAGCACAGCACGGAGAUCAUGGAUAAGACCACCCUGGUGGGCAAAGACAACAUCAACCUCUCGGAAAUGGCCCCGGUCAGGGCUCGACACAGCACGGCGUUGGCGGGAACCUUCACCAAUACUGAGGCCCUCAGUGACGAGGGAGACUCCAGUCCAGAGUCCAUCAAUGAACAUGACUAAAAACGUUUCCUUAGCUGUGAACAGCAGCAGCAGCCCCUUAGUAGAUGCCCCUGUGUUGCCUUUUCGUUUCUCUGAGAAGAUAUUAUAUUUUUUGUUUGUGUACAGUAGUAGUUGCUUAUUUCCAUUUGCCCUGUUAUUAAAAAAGUGAGAUAACACAUCAGAAGAGUCUUUACCACAGUAAGAUGUACUAUGGAGGACGUAACGUCAUCGUGUAACAAGGUGGGAAUGAAGCCGAAUCCUUUUGAGAUCUACUUUUGGGUAUGUACAAUUCUGAUUUUCACUUUUGUUGAAUUUGUCAACCUGAUCAAGUAUUGUCCUGAUAUGUGGAGCAAUAAUAUUUUGAUAGGGAUUAUAUUAUAUACUGUAAAUAACUUAUAUUUUGUUAUAUUUUCUGAAUCAUUUAGCUCUUGAUGAGUAAUGGUUAAUUGAAUUAGCGUUAUGUUGAAGUUUAAAAAUGUCCUAUUGUGCUGUGGACAAGCAACCAACAUGUUGCUGUGGUAUGAAAACCUCGUCAGUGCGCUUAGACACUGCAAUGCCAAUGACUCAAUCAUCUAUCUCGUGCCAAAUUGAAACCUUUUUGCCAGUGAUAUUGAUUUCAAGAGCAUUUCAUUUGCUGUUGGCUGUAUUAGAUGAAAUCCCAGCUUUGCUGUGUUUUUGUUUUUUAAACCAGUCAGCCUCAGUACUGAUAAAACCCCAUAUGUAUAAAAAAUAUAAUUUUGAUUUACUUAAUUUAUACAUUUAUUUUAUUUAUAUAUGACACUGCCUUCUGAGCAGUGGUAUUUUCGGCUGUGUUGAUUGUGAAUGGCACAAACCAGGGUUCCUGUUUUUGGAUGGUCCUCCACAAGAAUCACGAGACUCAGUGUCAACAUGAUGUUGAAAAUUGGUUAACGGUUGUAAUCAUGGUGAACACUGGUGUUGGAGUUGGAGUUGGUUAAAUACAGUUGACAAGUUUACCCGAAAAGUAAAAAGGAAUGUUUUAUUAAAUACUGUCGGUGACCCAAAAUAGGCAAUAGGAUAAGUUAAGCUGUCACACAAAUACGACAGUACAUUAAUUAAAUGCUAGAAAUAAAGACAGUUUGAAAAAAAAUUACCCCGAAGUGCAAUUUGUGCAGAUGUGGUGUUCUGUGUUGGAAGUCUGUUUUUCUGUAUCUUGACAUCAGUGUUGUCAUGCGUUCCGCAGUGUGUAGUCAGUGAGGUCUGACCUUAGUAAAAAUAAAUAAAUAAUUGCCUUAAUUUUGUUUUUUGGGACCUAACGCCUGAUUGUUUGUGUCAGUAAAUGUAUCAGGCAGGUUGUUUAGACUUGGAUGUGAAUGUACACUCCCCUAUUGAGCAUAGAGGUAAUCAACAAAAAGCAUUUUGUGUCAUGUGUGAGCGUAAAUCCAUUCAGAAACUGAAAUGUCAGAUAGAAAACUUCCAGCAAGUUCAUUCACUGGCAAUGUAUCUAUGGUUAUUUGAUGUAAUGGCAAUGUAUAUUUUUGUGUGAUUAACAUAAUACAUAGAAAUAAUACAAACUAGUAGUGCAGUAUUAUGCUCAGGUUAAAUACCUGACAUUUUUCUUUCUUUGAGUACAUUGUUUCUAUCAGUACGUGAAGAGCAACUGAAAGUAAAAAAUAUAUUUAUUUAUUUAUUUAUUUAUGCAAAUGUGAACAAAAUCUAUGAUUACAAAAACAAUAUA